GUGAAAUUGGGGGCAACGACAAGUAUUUUUUUCUUGCCGGCAUCCAGAAAGAUUAUAUUUUCCUUAUUAGAUAAGCAAGCAUCCUGUUUUUCGGUUAAGAAAAGCGAUUUGCGGCAGUCCUGAUAAUGUCGCUGUGAUAACAUAAUUGUUUUUCGGUGCUCCGAAACGGAGAUCUUGUGCAACGUCCAGCAGAAGGUCCGAGCGAGUGGGGCACACCAGUUUAAAAAGAUGUCUUUGCAAUCCAUCAAGUACGAUCCAGAGACGAACAAUUUGGAAAUUUUAGAUCAGCUGCUAUUACCAGCUACAACUCGGUAUGUUAAAGUUAGAGGAGUCGAGGACGGAUGGAAGGCUAUCAACAAAAUGCAGGUUCGUGGGGCUCCAGCUAUAGCCAUAGUUGGCUGUCUAAGUUUAGCGGUAGAGAUGCAAAACGACAAAUUCGAAACCAAAAAACAAUUUCGUCAAGAAGUAGAGGGUAAACUAAACUAUUUGGUUUCGUCUCGUCCGACCGCUGUCAAUAUGAAAACUGCCGCCGAAGAACUCAUCGAUUUGGCCAAUCAACUCAGCAAAGACGAAUGUGUCGGUUUAGACGACAUGAAAAAUAAGUUCCUAUCAACAAUUCAACAAAUGCUAGCAAAAGACAUAGCUGAUAAUAAAGCCAUCGGUGAUAAUGGCGCCAAAGAAAUCCUCUCUCAUGUCGCCGGAGAUAGCUUAGUGAGAGUGAUUACGCACUGCAACACUGGAUCUCUUGCUACCGCAGGUUAUGGCACCGCUUUAGGAGUUAUUAGGAGUUUACAGGGAAAGAAAAGACUUGAACACGUUUACUGUACUGAAACAAGGCCAUAUAAUCAAGGAGCGAGGUUGACAGCCUACGAAUUGAUACACGAAAAAAUUCCCGCUACUCUCAUUUGUGAUAGUAUGGUGUCGGCCUUGAUGAAGUCUCGAAAUAUUUCUGCUGUGGUCGUUGGAGCUGAUAGGGUAGCUGCAAACGGUGAUACAGCAAAUAAAAUCGGAACUUAUCAAAUAGCCGUAGUAGCCAAAUAUCACCAAGUGCCAUUUUAUGUAGCAGCCCCGUUCACGUCUAUAGAUGCCAAAGUUUCGACUGGCGAGCACAUUGUGAUUGAAGAGAGGCCUGAUAGAGAAAUGACUCACGUUGGAGAGCAUAGGAUAGCAGCAAAAGGGAUUCAAUGUUGGAAUCCUGCCUUUGACGUCACCCCAUCUUCCCUAAUUGCCGGCAUUAUUACUGAAAGAGGUGUGUACAGGCCACAAGAGCUAAAAGAAGCCCUUGCGGCCGUGAAUCACAACUCCUAAAUUUUGGUAGGGAUUUUUAUCGACAAAAAUAUAAUAAUGACUAUUUUUGGAUGAUUUUUACUGUUUACUGUAUAAAUUUAUCGGGAUUUUUUUAUAAGAAUGUUGUUGAUUUAUUUGCCUUUCAGGUUGUACCUACUUAUUAAUUGCAAAUUGUCCUGUAAGCGAAAAAAAAGACGUUAACCAAGACACUAAACUAUUUUAAGCUUGCAUUGAAAAAAAAAAAAUUAAAUAUUUUUGUUUUGAAAUUAUUUAUUCCACUUGUUUGAGCAGAAUUUACAUAUCAUUUGAGUUUUGUUGAUUAAUUUUUAUUUUUGAUUCUUAAUUUUUGAUUUUGUGUUACCCAUUCGGCUGAAUUUGUGAAAUUAAAAGCUUUUAUUGGGACCAUA